AUUUAACUUAUUUUGGCUAUUUAGUUUUAUUCUGAUCAUAAUUCACUUGGCCUAUAUUUAUUUAAUUUAUGCUAGGCCUAAUUGGAAACUAUUUUUCAGAUAACAAUAGCAAUUGCUUUCCUGCUUAUCAUCCUUACUCCUGCCUAUAUCGUACCUUAUAUUUUGAGUUUUCUGUGGUGAACGAAUGGCUCAAGUUAAUAAAGCUAAUGGAAUAUCAAAAACCUACCAAUUUUCACUCAUCUCACAGCACAAUGUAGCAACGUUUAUAGAUAAGGAUAUACUAAUUACAAUCAUAUACAUGCUUCCUGUGAGACAACCUUGGACAAUAUCAUUACGCACCAAUUCUCCUCUCGGACGAACAUUAACACAUUUCAAAAUUUCAGUUCAGAGACCUUGCAAGGACGAAUGCGGUUCUGGCCUAAUUCAAUACUCGAUCAUUAGCACGUUUGCAAUUUUACUUCACAGAGCUUACAAGGACGAAUGCAUCUCUGCUCCGAUUCAUCUCAAAUUCGACCAUUAGCACGUUUCAUGCAUAAUCUUGUUCCACCUUGGAAAAAAUGGUUGUGAAGUAGAGAACACUCUCUCACAUUGAAAUAGGAUGUAGCUAUCUAUUUCUCAUGCAAUUUCUCCCAAGCAAUUUGCAUAGUGAAAUCGGUUAAAGAUUGAUGUGAUUCUAACUUGAGGGUUUUAGAACAUUCCCAUAGAUACUAAGACCCAUUUUAUUGGUAAUCAAAUCACCUACUUGAUCUUCUGUCAAAUUAUGCUGUUUUGCCUCAAUCUUAUUCAUAUGAAAACUAACCUUUGCGUAGUUCUGAACUAUUUGGUAGGCUAUUCUAUGUACAAAUAAAGUGAGAUAAUCGGUGAAUACAGGUGAACAUUGUAAUCUUGUCACUUCAUCAUUCUCAGUAUUUUUAAUUGAAGAUGCUAUUUCCUCACAAAUUGA